GUUUCUGGUUUUCUCAACGCUGUAGAGACAAAAUUGGAGAAUUGUUUAACAACAAUUGUUGUGCCAAAACUACAUACAACAUAUACUAGUUCUGUGCAUUGGAGUGCUUGGUUUAAAUUGGUUAUUGCUCACUUACUUCUUACUUCCAGUUAAGAUGGCGUUGAAAGUCUUGGUGGGCCAGAAAAUCAUGAACGAGGUGGUCAAGUACAAGCCACCUCAACCGAAGAAGCAUGGCGCUCCAGCGGCUGUCAAAAAUGGAGCCGGUGGAAUGGAGUGGCGUGUUUUGGUGGUGGAUAAGCUGGGUAUGCGAAUGGUUUCCGCCUGCACCAAGAUGCACGAGAUCAGUGCCGAGGGGAUCACUUUGGUAGAAGACAUCAACAAGAAACGUGAGCCAUUGCCCACCAUGGAUGCGAUAUAUUUAAUUACGCCAUCAGAUGAUUCUGUUCGUGCAUUGAUACGGGACUUUGAGAAUCCUGCGCGCCCAAUGUACCGGUUUGCGCAUGUCUUUUUCACCGAGGCCAUUCCUCCCAGAGCAUACGAUAUUCUGCAAGCCCACAAAGGUAUUUGUCGGCGCUAUGUCCGUACCUGCAAAGAAAUCAAUAUUGCAUUUCUAGCGUCUGAAGCCCAGGUAUUUUCGCUGGAUUCGCCUGACACGUUCCAGUGCUUAUACUCUCCGGUAUUUGCGUCAAUUCGAAGCAAGCACAUCGAGCGCAUUGCCGAGCAAAUUGCCACCCUGUGCGCAACUUUGGGCGAAUAUCCCAACGUUCGCUACCGUAGCGACUGGGAUCGAAAUAUCGAUCUGGCUGCUUCUAUUCAGCAAAAGCUGGAUGCCUACAAGGCAGACGAGCCAACCAUGGGCGAAGGACCGGAAAAAGCACGUUCACAACUGCUUAUUCUAGAUCGAGGCUUCGAUUGUGUUUCACCACUUUUACAUGAACUCACACUUCAGGCAAUGGCCUAUGAUUUACUACCAAUUGUUAACGAUGUGUACCGCUAUACUCCAGGACCCAACCAACCUGAGAAGGAGGUUUUACUGGAUGAAAACGACGACUUAUGGGUAGAGUUGCGCCAUGAGCACAUUGCAGUCGUGUCAACACAGGUUACGCAGAACUUGAAGAAGUUUACCGACUCCAAGCGUAUGAGUUCCACUGAUAAGUCCUCAAUGCGGGAUUUAUCGCAAAUGAUCAAGAAGAUGCCGCAGUAUCAAAAGGAGCUGUCCAAGUACUCCACCCACUUGCAUUUGGCCGAGGACUGCAUGAAAUCGUAUCAAAACUACGUGGACAAGCUCUGCCGUGUGGAACAAGAUUUAGCGAUGGGUACUGAUGCCGAGGGCGAAAAAAUUAAGGACCAUAUGCGGAAUAUUGUGCCUAUAUUGUUAGAUGCGAAUGUUUCUAACUACGAUAAAGUUCGAAUAAUUGCCCUUUAUGUAAUGAUCAAAAAUGGUAUUUCGGAGGAAAACUUGACAAAGCUCUUCACUCAUGCUCAGUUGUCUGUUAAAGAUCAGGAUAUGGUUCGCAAUUUAAGCUACCUGGGAAUCAAUGUCAUUGCUGAUUCUCGUAAAAAGAUAUAUUCGGUACCGCGCAAAGAACGAAUAACCGAAAGCACUUAUCAGAUGUCUCGCUGGACGCCCGUAAUCAAAGACAUAAUGGAGGAUUGCAUUGAGGAUAAGCUAGAUCAACGCCAUUUCCCCUUUCUAGAAGGUCGGGCACAAAAUACGAACUAUCAUGCUCCAACUAGUGCUCGUUAUGGUCAUUGGCACAAGGACAAGGCUCAGGCGCAAGUAAAAAACGUUCCCAGGCUGAUUGUAUUCAUUGUGGGUGGCGUGAGUAUGUCUGAAAUGCGGUGCGCCUAUGAAGUUACCAACUCUGUGCGUAACUGGGAAGUGCUGGUCGGAUCCUCGCACGUUCUCUCUCCUGAAAUCUUUCUUAGUGAUUUGGGAAGUCUUUCCAAGGAAGAUUAAAUGUUAUUUAAAUUUUUAAACACUAAAACUGUAUUAAUUGUUU